GUUCCUUUUUCUCAAAAGUUGAUCGCAGAGGUGUUGGGCACAUUCUUCAUGGUAUUUGCCGGUUGUGGGUCGGUGGUGGUGAAUUUGAACUAUGAAAAGGUGGUGACUUUUCCGGGAAUAGCAAUAACUUGGGGACUUGUUGUGAUGGUUCUGGUUUACUCUCUUGGCCACGUCUCCGGCGCCCAUUUUAAUCCUGCGGUCACCAUUGCCUUUGCCACUUGCAAGAGAUUUCCAUGGAGGCAGGUGCCAGCCUAUAUAAUGGCUCAAGUCCUCGGAUCAACACUGGCGAGCGGAGCCUUACGGUUGAUAUUCACCGGCCACGAGAACCGGUUUCCCGGAACAAUGCCGGCGGGGUCUAACUUCCAGUCUUUUGCGCUUGAGUUUGUUAUCACAUUCUACCUCAUGUUUGUCAUAUCCGGCGUUGCCACCGACAAUAGAGCUAUUGGAGAUCUUGCUGGUCUUGCUGUUGGGUCUACGGUCACACUUAACGUAUUGUGUGUGGGGGUAAUUUCAGGAGCAUCAAUGAAUCCAGCAAGAUCCUUGGGGCCUGCAAUUGUACAUGGCAAAUUCAAAAGCUUAUGGAUAUACAUUGUGGCACCAAUUCUUGGGACUAUAUGUGGUGCAUGGGUCUACAAUAUUAUCAGGUUCACUGACCAGCCGUUUCAUGAGCUCACCAAGAGUGGCUCUUUCGUAAGAUUGACAAGAAGUAGUGGCACCUCCAGAAGUAGCAACUCUAGCUAA